AAUAAGGAAAAUAUUUGUGAUUUCAAGGCAACAUAACAUUAUUUUAGUCUUACGAAAAGCACCUUUAUUUAAUUUCAGUACCAUUUAAGCAAAUCUACCAUUUUACCAUUAUGAGGAAUGGUAUAGUAGUAAGAAAGAAACCGAAUAUCUUAAUUAUUAGUGACUUCACAUAAUUCACAAUAUUUUUUAUGAUUGUGUGACUUUUUGUUUUUUUAUUCGGUUCAAUUUCUGACCUCUGCACAUGAACGCACCACAUGUACGUGGCCACACACCAGCCAGUAAAAAGGAGUGGGCCAAAUCAAAAUCAUGUACUGAUUAGUCCCCUUACAAAAGGGGUGUGAUUUUUUCGGACUAUUACCUUUAAAUAACGGUGCAAACACCAGAAGCAUUCUCUUCAGCAACUCAGGUAUUAGGGAGGCGAUAGUUGGCAAGAAAAUGGAGGCCAGCUUUAAACCGCUAUCUUACGAGCUGCUGUCAGAAGUUGGAGAAGGUUCCCAUGGUAAAGUGUAUAAAGCCAGAGAAGUAGGGGCAAACCAUCGAUAUCUAGCGGUGAAAAAAUUCGACUUCCGCGGAUAUGAUCCCGAAAGAGGAAUCCCCGCCUUUAUCAUCCGCGAGGUGGCGCUGCUUCGUAAGAUGAAGCAAUUCAAUCAUCCCAACAUAGUCAAGCUUCUGGAUGCAGCUGUUGACCAAGUAGAUAGGAACUUAGGCCUCACUCUGGUCUUGGAGUACAUUGACCAGGACUUGUCCACAUACCUGUCAAAGGUUCCAGCUUCUGGACUGAGGUUCGACUGUAUUAAGAAUCUGAUGCUCCAGCUUCUACGAGGUCUGGACUUCUUGCACAUGAACCUGGUGCUACAUCGUGACCUGAAACCAGACAAUGUUCUAGUCAGCAGCCGUGGAGAAGUGAAGAUUGCAGACUUCGGACUGGCACGGAUCUACACCUUCAACAUUGCUCUGACUCCAGGUGUGGUAACACUCUGGUACCGAGCUCCUGAGGUGCUGCUGAAUUCUGUUUAUAUGUCCUCAGUGGACAUGUGGAGUGCUGGCUGCAUCUUUGCGGAGCUCUUCCUCUUGAAGCCGCUGUUUCAGGCAUUCACAGAUGUGCAGCAGCUGCAAAAAAUCUUUGCACUUAUUGGUUUACCAGCGGAGGAGGACUGGCCCGCCGACAGCCCCUUUUCAUACACAUUCAACUGGGGGCCAAAUGUUUCCUGCAAGCUGCAGCUGCAUGAGCUGGGCCCAUUGGAGAAUGACCUGCUGGCUAAAUGUCUGACAUUCAGACCCAGCAGACGCCUCUCAGCUGCCGAAGCUCUGGCUCAUCCUUUCUUCACUCAGUGAAGGUUUUCUGUGGAAGUGAGUGGAAUGGAGAAACCUCUGACUUCGACUGAUGAGACCUUCACUCCACUACAGACAGCUUCAGUGUUGGGAUGAAGUCAAGUCACAUUCACCAUGUCUGUCAUCAUCAAGACCUCGUUGUGUUAUGUUUUUGUUAUAUAUGUUGUUUUAUUUUUAUUUUUUUUAAAUGAACUUGUGCUUUGGCAAUUUGUCAACACUUUUAUUUUCAAUAAGUGAAAUCACUUUAUUUGUUGAGAGACAAUUUAAUUUUUACUGUCCAUUUGCACAUCUGCCUGUAUUUGGAGUCAAUAGGUUGUUAACAGUUUUAUAUUUUGAAUUUUCUGUUUUGCUGGAAAUGACUGAAAACAGUUGAUAAGUAAGCUAAUCUGACUAAUGCAUAAGAGAGAAAACUUUUUUUUAUUAAGCACAAUUAUGCUGCAAGGACAGGAACAGGUCUGUGUUUUGUGUUUAAAAUGACAGAUUGUAUGAGUUGGUGCUGUUCAUUUGAAAAACGUUUCUAUAAAUGAUAGUUUUACAGACCUGUCUCUCCUUUUGGUACCACAACAUUGUAGUCCUACUGAAUGCACUGAGCCGAUUAUUUGCAGUUACAUAGUUAGAACAGAUGAGGUCAGUGUUGAAAGUCACACAGGCGUUAACAACAGGUUGAAGUCCAGAAAAACGAAUAAAAAUGCAAAAUGUAUUAACACAGACACGCUAUAUAUGUGUGUAUAUAUACAUAUAUUAGCACAUACAUAAUAUUGAGUUAAAUUAGUGAUACGAAGUGGAGCUGAAUCAGUUUUACAUUAGUAACAUAAUACAGGUUGUUGUUGUUCCAGAGGCCAAUAUGUAUAUACAGUAUAUAUACAAUAUAUACAGGGAGU